AUGCCACAGUGGACAUCACCCAGGCUGUGUUUGUCACUCAGCCGUAGCACGAUGACAUCACGGAAGAAAGUACUACUUAAAGUCAUAAUUCUGGGAGAUUCUGGAGUCGGGAAAACCUCUUUGAUGAACCAGUACGUCAAUAAGAAGUUCAGCAACCAGUACAAAGCCACAAUAGGAGCGGAUUUCUUGACAAAAGAAGUGAUGGUGGAUGACAGACUCGUCACGAUGCAGAUCUGGGACACUGCCGGUCAGGAGAGGUUCCAGUCCCUCGGGGUUGCGUUCUAUCGUGGAGCCGACUGCUGCGUCCUGGUGUUUGAUGUGACCGCUCCCAACACCUUCAAGACUCUGGACUCAUGGCGCGACGAGUUCUUAAUCCAGGCCAGUCCACGAGACCCGGAGAACUUCCCCUUCGUGGUGCUGGGAAACAAGAUCGACCUGGAGAACAGACAGGUCACGACAAAAAGAGCGCAGGCCUGGUGUCAAAGCAAGAACAACAUUCCUUAUUUUGAAACCAGUGCUAAAGAAGCUAUCAACGUGGAGCAGGCCUUUCAGACGAUCGCACGCAACGCUCUCAAGCAGGAGACUGAAGUGGAGCUUUACAACCCCGACUUUCCGGAGCCGAUCAAACUGGACAGAAACGACCGCGCAAAGCCGUCCUCGGAGUCCUGCAGCUGCUGA